GUUUGGGAUGAGCAGUGUAACAGACACAUCUCUUCUACUGACUGACAGUGGAUCACCAUGAAAACAUUUUCCACACUAAAGCUUAUUUCAAUGAAACAUCUACUGCUGCUCCAUUCUUUUCUUUUCUUCAUACAUCUAACAGCUGGGUGCAGCAACUCGGCUUGGAACUGCACCCUUCCCAGGAGGCGAUCGAGCCGGGCUGCCUCGAGCCCCCCAGAGCCCCUGGACUGCCAGCUCUCUGCCUGGACUGCCUGGAGCCAGUGCGACCCCUGCCAGAAAAAAAGGUACAGGUAUGCAAAGCUUGAGCAGCCGUCCCAGUUUGGAGGUGAGCUGUGCAGUUACUAUGGCCGAGAUGUGGAACCCUGCAGCACUGCCUCUGUCUGUCGAAACAGCAGAAGAUGUGAAGGCUUUGUCUGUGCCACAACAGACAGGUGCAUUCCUCAAAGAUUACUUUGCAAUGAAGACGAUGACUGUGGGGAUAAGUCUGAUGAGCAAAACUGUAAGAAGCUAUACCCGGCCUGUAAGACUGAGACAGAGGAAUACUGGGGUGUGGAGAACCUUGGCAGAGGGAUAAAUAUAUUGAACAGUAAUUUGGAAGGUGUGGUAUUUGAUAACAGAUACUAUGCAGGCAGCUGCUUACCGCAUUAUAUAUACAAUACAAGAUUCAGAAAACCAUAUAAUCUGCAAACCUAUCUCCUAGAGACUGUAGGGAAGUAUGACUUUCUACUGAAUGAAUAUGAAUCGUAUUCCAGUUAUGAGAAAGAUACAUUCCGGUCACACAGUUCUCAGACGAGCGUGGGCAUUAGUAUUACAUUGCCUGGCAUUUUUGAGUUUGGAUUCAACUACAACGACAACAGGUUCAAGAAGUUUAUACAAAAAACUCGGCGUUUUUCAGGCACUAAAAGCAGUUUUGUCAGAGCUAAUUCGAGGCUGGAGGUAGCUCGCUACAGUCUGAAAUCAAGGGGCCUUGUGCUCCAUCACGAGUUCUUUCAGAGGGUUAAGAGCCUGCCUCUGGAGUACGUCUAUGGAGAGUAUAGGGAGAUCUUCAAGGACUAUGGGACCCAUUACAUUACUGAAGCCACCUUAGGGGGGAUUUAUGAAUAUACUGUUAUUUUAGACCAGAAGAUCAUGGAGGAGUCAGGGUACACCCUGAAUGAUGCAAAAACCUGCAUCAACGCAGGGAUGAAAAUGGGAGCUAACAUCGAAGGAAUAUACAUACACGGUGGAGUCAGCGGUGGCUUCUGUGACGGAAUGCUAAAAGAAAUUGGAGAUGAUAAAGUGAAAAAGACCUUUGUUGAGGACUUUGUAGCCCUUGUUAAAGGAGGAGCGAGUGAAUACGUCACGAGGAUGGCUUACAAACAGCUUCCCACAGCAGACCUGAUGCAGGAGUGGGGAGAGGCUGUCCAGUACAACCCUGAAUUUAUCGAUUCCAAGACGGAACCUCUGUUCCAGCUGGUGACAGGGACAGAUUUCGCAAAUGGCAAUUUAAUCAGGAGAAACAUGCAGCGGGCUCUGGAGGAGUACCUUGCUGAGUCCAGCUCCUGCCGCUGCUCCCAGUGCCGUAACAACGGGGUCGCGGUCCUGAAAGGCACGAGGUGUGAAUGUGUGUGUCCAGUGGGGUUUAAAGGAGACGCCUGUGAGAUCACUCACAGAACAGAUCCCUCUAGUGUUGCAGUCAGUGUGGAUGGGAGCUGGAGCUGCUGGUCACCGUGGUCCUCUUGUACAAACCAGGAGAAGAGAAGAACCCGCCAGUGCACUCACCCUCCUCCGCACAGCGGUGGAAGCCCAUGCUCAGGGAUCGAUGUUGAAUCAACACCUUGCAAGUGAAUGGCAGGAAACAUUCAUCCUGUCUGCUAGUAUCAUUCAACAAAUAAAACUGUUUUCUUUAGACAAA